AUGAAGCACCAACCCCCCAAAGUCGAAGACUACAACUCCGAAAACGCAACUCCUAACCCACCGCCAUCUACUGAGAAGCGCAAGCGCGACUCGAAGAACUACAAGCAGAGCCAAGAACAAACGCCUGAACUCGAGGUGCAGCAGCCACCCAAUAAGACAGCCAAAUCCGAGGCACCGGCUGAAGAUGGAGAUACAGAGGAGCCAGAAUAUUCGGAAGAACCGGAAGAACCGGAGGAUGAUGUAGAGGAUGGAGAAGAGUAUGAGGAUUUCGACGAAGGUGGUGAGGGUGACGAGGGACAAGGAGAAGAAGACGAGGACGAAGGAGAAGAAAACCAGCAACAUAGUACCGUGAACGAACCCAAAGCCCAUAAAGUUAUUGAAGAAUUCGGCCUCACACCUCUUGACCGCACACCGUUGGCCAAAGAAACCCUCACUGCAGCCCCGGAAACGAUACUUGCGAUGGCUAUUGACGCCAUGCUGAAAUCGCGACCGAUCUCUCAUGACCUAACGCAGCGGACAGUGAGCCACAUUAUUGAGAUUGGAUACCAUGAUAUUGGGAACUUGAGAAAUAGUAGCUGGGAUGAACGGACUAUGGUAUUGAAAGAUGGAGGGUAUAAUAGAUAUAGGGAGCAGGGCGCCACGAAUUUGGGAAAUUUGGUCGAUUUGGUUGAUGGGAAAUAUGAUGGCGACCUUAACAAUCUCCUGAAGAAAUCUGGAAACAACCGGGACAAAGCGCGAGGUUUAAUCAAAGAGAUCAAAGGACUAGGUGACCUAGGAGCCGACCUCUUCUUCAAUAACGUGCAGAGCGUAUGGCCAUCCAUGGCGCCUUUUGUUGAUGUACGGAGCCUCCAGACGGCAGAGCAAGUUGGUAUCGGUACCGACUUGGAUACGAUCUAUGCUGAGCUUGACCAAAAUCCGUUGGAGAUGAGCAAGUUUGCCAAUGGGCUGUCCAUGGUGAGCCGGAUUGUUAACCUCGCCGUGGCUGUGAUCAUGGUGCUUGGUGGUAUUGCCCAAUUCUUCCCCGCGUCGAUGAGCUCGAUCAUCGUGGGUACAUACGUGAUUAUCUUUGGUGCUGCUCUUGGUGGCUUGGAGUUCUUGCCCACAAUCCCUGACUACGCUUACCGCUAUGCUUCUUUCCUCUUCUCAUUCUUGGGUCGUGGUGUCUUUUAUAUCUUUGUUGGAUCGCUUCUGCUGCACGACGGUGUGUUGCGGUACAUCGCCGGUUCGCUUGUUGGCUUUAUCGGUCUCGGAUACCUGGCUCUGGAAUUCAUUCCCUCGAUUGAGCCCCCAUCGAACAUGCGCGAGGCCGACCAGGGCUGGGGUGCUGAGCAGGUGUAUGGCGAGCAGGUCUGA